CGAAUGGAGAAUAACACAGAAGUGACAGAGUUUAUCCUUUUGGGAUUAACAGAUGACCCCAAUCUUCAGGUUCCCCUCCUCUUAAUAUUUUUGUUCAUCUACCUCAUCACUCUGGUUGGGAAUGGAGGGAUGAUGGUCAUCAUUUCCUCAGACUCCCACCUUCACACACCUAUGUACUUCUUUCUCAGUAACCUCUCCUUUGUAGAUCUGGGUUACUCCUCAGCUGUAGCUCCCAAGAUGGUGGCUGCACUGCUCACAGGGGACAAAAUAAUCUCCUACAGUGGAUGUGCUGCUCAGUUCUUCUUCUUUGUGGGUUUUGCCACAGUUGAGUGCUACCUCCUGGCCUCCAUGGCUUAUGACCGCCAUGCUGCUGUGUGUAGGCCUCUCCAUUAUACCACCACCAUGACAGCAAGCGUCUGUACCUUUCUGACAACUGGCUCCUACAUCUGUGGCUUUCUCAACGCAUCCAUCCACACAACAGAUACCUUCAGACUCUCCUUCUGUGGUUCCAAUGAGGUCCACCAUUUUUUCUGUGACAUUCCUCCACUCUUGGCUCUCUCAUGUUCAGACACCAAAAUUAGCAAGUUGCUUGUCUUCUUUGUAGUGGGCUUCAAUGUCUUUUCCACCCUCCUGGUCAUUCUCAUCUCUUAUUUCUUCAUAGGAAUCGCUAUUCAAAGGAUGCGUUCUACUGAAGGGCGGAAGAAAGCCUUCUCCACUUGUUUAUCCCAUCUCACUGCCGUCUCCAUCUUCUAUGGCACAAUCAUCUUCAUGUACUUACAGCCCAGCUCAAGUCAGUCCAUGGACACAGACAAAAUAGCAUCUGUGUUUUACACUGUGGUGAUUCCCAUGUUGAACCCCUUGAUUUAUAGUCUUAGAAACAAAGAAGUAACAAAUGCUGCCUGGAAAUUAUUCAGCAAACUUUACCCAUCAUCUAUAACUGUCAGUAGGUAG